GCUGCUCUUACUCGCACUAUUUAUUACCUUACUUGUCCGGAUCGAUUUCCUACAAUCGAUAUAACACUGGAGUUGCGCUACUUCUCGACGAUUGGACGCUGCCACUACUGCUGGAUUCCUCCCGCGCUGCGAACCCUGACCAUAAGCGAACCCAAUAUUCACCGCUGCAGCCGCGCUCCCUCCAUUUCCCAUAUAAGCUACACGUUAGUGACUAGCUAGCGACGACAGCAUCAUCAUCAUCAUCAUCGUCGUCGUCGUCGUCGUCGCCGCCUUCGUCGCCGUCGUCGUUGCGUUGCUGCACCGCCCUUUGCUCACCGCGGACAGACGAGGCCGGCGCACUGCUAACCCACACCGCCCGCCGCCACGACGCUUGUCUUGUCUCCCAUUCUUCCGUUCUUCUUUGUGGCCGUUCCGUCUGCUGGCGCACAGAGCCCCCCGUCUUUGAUACACCGGCCUGACAGACUGGUCGUGCACGAGAGAGCCCACCCCACCCAGCGGCCACCUCGGAGAUCCACUACUGUACCCCCCAUUUUAGCGCACUUUACUUUCUCGACGUCGCACCGCCUCGCUCGCGCCGCCACAGCACGCUCGACCGACCUCUCUCUCUCUCCACGAGAGCCGACUUGAAGCGCCUGGAGUAGUGGGAUCGGGGUCGACUGCACACCUCCUUCCGCCUCCGGACACCGAUUAGCCUCCAGGAAGCCGAAAUCGUCGAAACCCCCAGCCCAGCCUCGACUACGGCCGACCACACACGUACGCCCAAACGCUCAAACGCUCGAACGCUCGAACGCUCGCACGCACGCCCGCCCGCCCGCUCGUCCCAAAAGCUCGCAACGCACCUAUCCGCUUGCACGCGCGAGCUAUACCAACCACGACUCCUCCGCUCUCUCUCAACACUGCAGGCAGCCCGUUGCCUCGACUAGCCUGCAACGACUCGUGCCGGUGAGUGCCCUGCCUUUUCCUCACCAGUUGGUUGCAUGAUUGUCGUUGCGAUCUCGCGAGUCCUGGACGACUGCCCGCGCUUGCGAUCGGCGAUGACGAGAUCCAGCGCAAGCGUGCCCCAGACAGAAAGCAGCAAGCGCGAAGCACACCGUCUGGCAAGGCUACCCGACGACGCGACGAGUCCUCAGAACAUACAUCCCUCUUCCUUCCUCGAACAUACAUCGCACGUCAUUUUAGAGCACGAAGGUGCCUGCUGCGGUGCACUUCAACGCCGAUCGACCAUUGGACAACAUCAGGCCGUUGUACUUGCGACGCGCUCUCGCCCGGUCCUAUCAACUCUGCCAGCACACCUCAGCCUUGCGCCCUUCGGCGAGCAGCCAAGAAAUAAGGCCGAGAGAGACACACACCACAUCCUAUCACUCCACGCAGGAGCCACGACACGACACCAUCGCACUGUCACUAGGUUGGACAGUGAGGAGAAGCGCCGGGAAUACCUACUGGCAAGCGAGCGGUGAAUCAAGGAAUGCCUGGAUCCUCCAGAGACAGUCUCAACAUAGUUCCGCCGUUUGACAGCCAAGCGAAAGAAACCGACAACAAGCGCGACUCACCCCUUGAAUUCACAUUUGAUAGUGGUCUAGAGGAGGACGAGAUGGCGCAAUCGCCAUUCAUCAAAUCCGAGCCUGACGACUAUAACAACUUCAACUCUAAUCAGUACAUGACGUUCACCCCCAAUCACGGUCACAUGAACAACCAGGCAGGCGGCAACAUGAACGUGAACCCGGUGAACCUGACCAAUGGCGGUGCCAAUUUCAUGUCAUCCUCUUACAUCGCAGACGACGAACUUGCCGACCUCAACAUCGACAGCACUCCCCAAUUUGGCGCCGACGUACAGUUCCAGAACUACUUCCCGACGCAACAAACCAUGUCUAACUCGAACACCUUCUCCCACACACCCGAUGGCGCUCCCAUACAGUCACCGUUCAAUGGCGACUUCAACUACGGGCAGUUUCGGGCAGUGCCGGGUCAGCAGCAGCACCAGUUUGGUCACAGCCUACCAGCGCAAACUCAGGGCUUUCGACAACCUCACAUGAAUGGCGAGCGCAAAGUGUCCGACUCGCGGUCACCUGCCACGCCCAACACACCAGGCAUCCAGCACCUCAAUGUCAACGACGAUAUCCAUCCUGGCAUGCAACAAAUUAGCCACCGACAACACAACUCUCUUGGCAACGGCUGGGAAAGCACUCCCAGUGGUCACAGUUGGGGCGAUACUUCACCGUACCCUUCACCUAACGGCCAACCACAGCACCCGCAGAUUGAGGCGGUACUGCGAGGUACUCAUCACCACAAAGUGGCAUCGAGCCUUCCUACCAAGAUGGAGCCGGGCUUUGGAGCGCCCUCUACUACGCAAGAAGCUAAGCGUCGCCGGAGACGUGAGUCUCACAAUAUGGUUGAGCGUCGUCGUCGCGACAACAUCAACGAACGCAUCCAGGAUCUGGGCACACUAGUCCCGCAGCAUAGACUCGAGGAUGAAAAGGUGCGCAAGCACUUGCAGACUAAUGCACCAUUGUCGCCAUCGAUCGCCAACUCGGGUAUGUCGCCGCCAAAUGCCUCCCUGCUUGGCACCUCAGCUCGCCGAGCUGCUGGUAACAUUACUCAAGGGCUGCCGCUCGAAGAAAAGGACAAAGGCCCGAACAAGGGUGACAUAUUGAACGGAUCAGUCGCUUGGACACGCGACAUGGUCUGGUUCAUCCACAUGAAACUCGACCAGGAACAGCGACUCAAGAAGUACGUUCAAGACCUUGGCGGCAAGUGGCCAUUCGAACAAAGCGAGGAGGAGGUGCGCAUGACCUCCGAGUUCUUGGAAGUCCUCACCAAGCACCAUGAACAUGGUGGAUUCUCGGGGUAUACCCGCGCUCCUGGAUCUGGCCUACGAGUCCCUGGCUUCACCAAUCUGAAUGGUGACAGCAUUGGCACUGCCGAACUACCAAACUUGACCAUUCCAGCUAUGAGCCCAGGUUUCCACCCCGGCGGUAGCGGCAUGUCGAGUGGGAUGUCCCAUGACUCCACCGGAUACAAUUGGACCAACGAUCCGAAAGAGGAAGAUGAGUUUGGAAUUGGUAUGGAGAUGCAAUAGGGUCGCAACUUCACCUACCAGCCACAAUCCCCUGCCCUCACCUAUCCACAGUCACCGCCACCUUUAUUCGACUUCGAUGCACACCUCUAUCCCGCCAAUUUUGAAGGUUUGCCAUCUACCGAAAUCUAGGCUGAUUGUGGCCGCAGCUGCUUGAGCGCUUAGCCUGAAGCUAUUUUUCCUGCGGCACAACACCACAGAGCUGUGACCAAUCGUGCCAUUAUGCGAUAGCUGCUGUGUCAGCAUGCAUAGCCGCUCAUGGACCAGCAUUCUCUGCUCUUGCCCUCACCACUUGUUUGCGACACUCAUGUCACCUCUCGGACUUUUUUUUUUGACAAUUACCAAUCACUAUACCAGCGGCGUUUGGUUUCAACCGGGUCCAAUCUUUUGGGGCUUUCGGAUUCUGCUUGAGCACCAAUGAUACCAUUUGCUUUUGCUUCGACGACUGGUUUUCUCGGCCUAUCAAAUGCUGAACCACGUGUUUCAGCUACACACUUGCGACGGCUGCGAUUCAUGCUCUUUCCAGUAAAUGCACUUCUGGGGGUCUUGCAUAUUUGGGCGUUCAGAGAGAGAAAGGGAGAAGGGAGGGAGGGAGCGAGGUACAGGGCCAGGCGCGCGCGAGAUCAUGACACUGCCAACUAUGAGCCUUCGUUGGUCGGAACGAGGCAUUUUGCAGAAGUCUGCUUGAGUCGUCAUGACGAUGUUGAUGAACACCCCCUUGGCUUCUCUGAUCUACUACCUUACACGGAUGAUGGAUGGAUUAUGAAUGGAGUUUUUGCAUGUCUCUGGCUGGAUCUACUCAGCUGGCGGACCAACAGCUGCGUAGUAGAGCGCGGAGACUGUUUGGGGUGGAAGGUUGAGAAGAUUUCGAUGACUUUGUUUGAGAACGGCAUGACUGGCAGGACUGAUUAUGCAACAUCAUCACACAUUCACACAUUCACACACCUAAUGGAUAGCCGAGAUAUCAUUUCAAC